AUGUCAUUUGUCAGAGUGAACCGUUACUGUCCCCGAGGAGGAGGAAGAAAAGCAUUAAAAGUAAAGAAGAAGAAAUCUUCAGUGAAGCAAGAAUGGGAUAAUACUGUGAAUGACCUAACAGUCCAUCGGGCGACUCCUGAAGAUCUGUUACGUCGUCAUGAAAUACACAAAUCGAAAAAUAGAGCAUUAGUACAUUGGGAACUCCAAGAAAAAGCUUUGAAGAGAAAAUGGAGGAAGCAGAAGCCAGAAGUGUCAAAUCUUGAGAAAAGGAGAUUGACUAUCAUGAAGGAGAUUCUUUCUGAUCAAUACCAGAUGCAGGAUGUUUUGGAACGAUCUGAUCAUUUGAUGACUGCAGCAAAAGAUCUGUUUGUUGAUUUUCCUCGUAGGCGCACAGGGUUUCCAAAUGUAACAAUGGCUCCUGAUUCCUCUCACAGUCCUAUUGUGGUAAAUCAAGACCCCGUUACUCAGUCCAUUCUGAGUGAAUCUGUCAUAGACCCUCAGGCUCUUAAUGAAGUAGAUGAUGAAGGAAGAGAAGGAUCUGUUAAUACCCAGUCAGAAGAAAGUGAGAAUGAGUUGAAUAGCACUCUAAACUCUGAGUCUGACAUGAAUACAGAUAGGUUUCUUCACCAACUAAAAGAAGAAAAUUCUGAGUUAAUUAAUAAACUGUGGACAGAUAUUCAGCAGAAAAUAGCAACACAGUCACAGAGAACACCUCUAUGCUCUCCAUUAUCUGCCACUCCAUCAGGUGAUCAAAGAGGUGCUCUGAAUGCUACCAAUGCUGUCAAGAGAAUCCACACGAGACUUCAGCCUGAAGAAUCUUCUGAGGCUGUAGACUCAAGCUAUGUUGUGGGACAAGUACUGAACCCCAGGAAGCCAAAACAGCUGUUAAAUAAAGUGAAAAGAAAACCAGAUCUGCGUGCUCCUUCCAAGCCAAAGAAAAACAUGUUGUCAAGUAGCACAACAUCUGCAGAUUUACAAAAUAACAAUAAUUGCAGCCUGGAUGUCCUCAAACACAUGAUAGAUGAAGUGGAACACGAGAUGGAAGAAUUUGAGCGGUGGACAGGACGCGAGGUCAAGGGACUGCAAAGCAGUCAGGGUCUCACGGGCUUCACUUUGUCCCUAGUGAGCUCCCUCUGCCGCCUGAUUCGGUACCUUAGAGAGAGUGAGUUGCAAUUGCGUAAAGAAGUAGAGACAAGACAGCAACUGGAACAAGUAUUGGUUGAUCAUCGAGAGCUCAUCGAUGCUCUGACAGCUGAAAUUCUUCUGCUUAGAGAAGAAAAUACUGCUAUGCAGGCAAGACUUCAGCAGUACAUGGUCACAACAGAUGAACAGAUUAUAUCACUCACACAUGCCAUCAAGAAUUGUCCUGUGAUAGAGAAGAGCAGAGAAGAAAAUCAAGUAUCAGAAAGGGGAGCCAUAAGUCGAAGAAUUAUGGACAAUCCAGAGGGUCCAGUUGUAAACACUAAUGUCUCCGUGCCAUUGAUGUUCAGAGGGGAAGAAGUGGUUGAAUUACCACAGGAGGAGCUACCUGUUAAACUGUCUCAGGUGCCAAACCCUCCAGAUAGUGUGACUCUGGCCAAUAGUUUUCCAGCACCCAUAUUUGAGCCAGCUGUGUUGUUAACACCACCCAGGCAAAAGAGCAACUCAGAAUUCUCUCCUCCGCAGGAUGUAUUGAGGAGAACUGUUGAAACUCGUCCUGCUCCACGCAUUCCUCCAACGGUGGAAAUAAUUGAGAAGGAACAAAAUUGGCAAAAGAAGCCCUUACCUCCUGGAGCAGACAUUCAGAAUUCAAAUGAAGAGAACCGUCUCUUCACUCAGAGGUGGAGGGUUUCUCACAUGGGAGAAGAUAUGGAGAACAAAAACCAGGCUCCUUUUGUUAACCCAUCGCAGCCCCUCUGCAGUUCCUAUCCAAAUACUCAGCAGUCAAGAAACCCCAUGUUCUCAGAAGAGCCCCCGGUACUGGGAGAUGGGCAGCAGCUUAGAACAAAUGAGGUCCUGAAACAAAGAAAGGACAUAAUGGCACGAAUUGCUGAACUGACACUGCAGAAUUCAUCUAUCAAGGCACAUCUGAAUAAUAUUAUUGGUCCAGGGGGAGAGCAAGGAGAUGGACCUCGGGAAUUAAACAAACAGGAAAAUGCAAGUGACAUGACUGCUACUUUUCCAGCAGCACAAUCUCUAGCAAGUAGCAUGGAGGAACGCAUUGCAGAAUUGAAUCGACAGAGUAUGGAGGCUCGUGGCAAACUGCUGCAAUUGAUAGAGCAGCAAAAACUCAUCUGUAGGGAUUCUUGCUCUCCACCAGUGUCACCUGUUCGGUCACCUCUCAAAGCAUGGACUGAAGGAGGAAAGAAGACAAUUGAGGUAUCUAUUCCAGGAGCAGAAGUCCCAGAAAGCUCAAAAUGCAGUACUGUCUCUCCUACCAGUGGGAUAAAUACAAGAAGAUCUUCAGGGGCUGCCAGUAAUUCCUGUUCUCCAUUAGAAACCACCUCAGGAAGUGGACGAUUCAUGCCUCUUAAUCCAAGAGCCAAGAUUGAGAAACAAAAUGAAGAAGGAUGGUUUGCCCUUUCUACCCAUGUGUCAUAA